AUUCACAAUUUCAAAUGGCGACAGAGGAGCAUAAAUAUUUAGCGGAUGUAAUAAAAACGACUCAUGCUACGUUGCGAGAAGAAGCCCAGAAUUAUGGUCCCGAGAUUGCGUGGAAACGACACGUAACUCGCAAAGAUGUUUUACAGAAAUAUGCAUCUUCCAUGCAAAAAUUGGCAACUACAUAUUGGCUGGAGAAUAACCUGAACACAAAACAUACGACCCUCUGUAGAGUGGAAUGGAUAAAGUCUCAAUGUGAAGAGUAUUUUUUAAAUGGUGGAAUACAAAAGUAUGACGACAAGGAAGAAAAUAUCAAGACAAAAAUCAAUGCAGACAUUGUAGAAAAUGAAAAUUCCAUAUAUUGUAAUUCAUACAUUAGAAAUGUUGAAGACUUAAUUCAGAAAAUAACAUUGCUAGACGUAGGAAGUUGUUACAAUCCAUUUGGGACUUUAAAUAUAUUUGAAGUAACUGCAAUAGAUUUGAAUGGUGUACCUGAAAAGGUUUUACAUUGUGAUUUUCUGAAUGCUCAAACAGGAAAGGAACAAAUACUUUUGGUGGAUAAACAGCAACUGUUACAGUUACCAGAAAAAGCGUACAAUGUAGUCGUAUUUUCCUUGUUUUUAGAAUAUUUGCCAUGUCCAAAACAAAGAUACACUUGCUGUAAAAAAGCAUAUAAUCUGUUACAAUAUGGAGGUAUACUUUUUAUUAUAAGUCCUGAUUCAAAACAUGUUGGUGCAAAUGCAAGACUCAUGAAAUCCUGGAGAUAUGUACUAAGUAAAUUGGGAUUCAUGAGGAUAAAAUAUGAAAAGCUGCGCCAUAUUCAUUGUAUGAUUUUCAGAAAAUCUAUAUAUAAACAGGUUGCAAUAAGAUGGGCGAACAUGCAAACGUUACCCGAAAAUGAUCCUUUGUAUCAGGAUGAUACAGCAAUUUAUAUACCUCAAGAUUUUCGAAAUAUAUCCAGUAACAAUAAACACCAAGAGAAAGAAGAAACCAAGAAAGAAGCAAUGACUUGUAUGUUCCAUGAGUUACCCUUUGAGGAGCCAUAAUUCUUCAAUUAUAAAGCAUUGCCAUAAAACUUCUAAUGAUUACAUUUUGUACGAUAUUUGAUUAUAAAAUCCGUGAUCUGAAGAAUA